UGUAUGGAGCGAUGCUGCAGGCCGAUGAUGAGGACGAAGCCAUGGAUCAGCAGAUGAAGAGUCCCUUCGGCUCCUCCUUCAGGACCUUCGAUGCCACGGACUACAAGCCCAUUGCCACAGUGGAUGUGAAGAGGAACAUCUUUGACCUGUGCACCGACACCAAGGACUGCUACCUGGCUGUCAUCGAGAACCAGGACACAGUGAGUCUGGACACAGUGUGCCGUCUGUACGAGGUUGGGAGACACAAACUGGCCGAGGAGGGAGACGACGAUGACGACCAGGAACUCACGCUGGGUUUCAAACCAUGA